CUACGGUCAGGAGUUGCCAAUGCUAAAUUUUGUUAGAAAAUUUUGGAAAGAAAGAGUGUUGAAUUUAUCCUAUUUGAUUGGAAUCUGACAGACAUGGCUCUGUUCAGGUUUUAUGACUUUGACAAGGUGUACACCACCCACCAGGGUUUAGACGGCUAUGGCGGCCUACCUGACCCCAAGUGCAAGUACUAUGAGGCAGACUACAUUAGGUGCGCGGCCGAGAUCGGGGUCACCAGGGCACAGAAGGAGUGCGCACCGGAGCUGGCUGACUUCAGGGAGUGCAUCACAGGGUCAAAGAGGAUCGAGAGGAUGAAGACCAUCAUCAAGCACAGAGAUCAACUGAUCAAAGCAGGGAAAUACACACCACCAGCCAAGCAAUAAUGAUCGCAUCAUCAUAGUUUAGUUUAUUUCUUAUAUCAGUAUGAUACAUGCCUGUUGCCUUGCAGCCUAGUUUUGCACCUAUUACAUGCACAUCACCAAUGAUCAUCCAUGGGAUGUGUUCAUUUUGUAUUCAGAAUUUCAGACUUCUGAUGCAUGUAGAAAGCUUCUAGGAGUUUUAAGCUACCAAUUCGAAAGAUAUAAACGUGUGUUUGAUUUGUUUCAAGAGCCAAUUUGGGGGUUUCGAUUUUGUGUUUCAUUAAUAUAUCUGACUUGAAAUAGACCCUUAUUCUACUUCAGGAUGAAGUUAGCAAUAUUUCAUUUAAAAAAUGUAACAGAAAAUUUAUUGCAUUUGGGUGGAAAGCUACUAUACAUGUAGAAGGGUUGUCCAGUAUUGUUAACAACUUACAGUGUUUUGAACUUUUCUAGUAUCAACCUUGCAAACCAACAUUGUAAAUUGCAUUAUUGAGUCAAAUCGAUGGACUUAGCGGAUCGAAGAGCAGGCAUAGGGUGUAGCAUGUUUGUCAAUUGUUUUAUUACAUGUUGUAUAUAAACAAAAUGAAAAUCACUGACAUGGAUUCAGAAUUGUAUGGAUACAUUUUCAAGGCUGAUUUCUUUUGCUGUGUAUAAUGAAAAGAUCAUCGGCUCUUGACCAUCACAGUUUUAAUAAAUGUGUGUCACGUCUAUGGAAAAUUGAAAA